AUGAACACAAACGAAAACUUAGGAAAUUCACAUAGUAUACAAUGGGAGUUAAACAAAAAUAUUUAUUCUGUACAUAUUCUCUUUCUCUCUAUUUUUGUAACAUUUGAAUUCCUCCUUCUGUCUCUUUUUUCUUUCUUACAUUUUCAGCCUUCCUUUAAUAUAUCUUUCAAUUUCAGCCUCUCUUGUUUUUCUUUCUUUCUUUUUUUCUUUCUCUUUCUCUCUCUCUCUCUCUCUCUCUCUCUCUCUCUCUCUAUCUAUCUAUCUAUCUAUCUCUCUGCAUUUAUUUUCAUUUUUUUUUUUUUCAUUAUUUCCUUUUUCUUCGUCAAUAAUGUUUUCCUACCUUUAUUCCUUUUACUUUUACUAAUUUACAUAUUGGUUCUUUUCUUCUUUUUUUCUUUGUUCUUUUUAUUUACUUAUUUUGUUCCUGCACUUAUUAUCCUUCGCUUUAUUACUUCCUUUUCUUUCUUUCUUUCUUUCUUUCUUUUUUUCUUGCUCAUUUAUGUCUUUCCUUCCAUAACUUACUUCAUUCUUUCCUUUCUCUCCUUUCCCCUUUACUCUCCUUCACUUUAUAUAUCCUUCACACCUUCCUCUCUUUCCUCCUUAUCCUUCAUUUUUUUUAUUUUCUAUAAACUCAAUUCAUUCAUUAAUUCUUUCCUCCCAAAUGUUUUAUUUUUCUUUAUGCAAUUUGAUCGAAUUGUUUUCCUCAACAUCUCCUCAAAAUCCGUUCCCCCUUCUGCUGUCAACUUUCACUCAAUGGUGAUAAUAAGAUCACUUGCCAUUAAUGAUAUUUCAAUUCGUCGCGAUAUUUUCAAAUACAUUUUUAAUAAGCACGCGAAAAAUUAA